AUGACCACCGCCAUCUUCAAGCACAUCGACACAUCGUCGUACUCUGGCAAGCCAUGGGUCAAGGUCGACGGACCAGGCAAAUCAUAUAAAGAGACCGAUAUCGAGCGCCCCGUACAAAAUAUCCGCGGCAGAGAGAGCGAGUUCAGCACAGAUGUGUCAGGAUUCGCAGUGUACAACUCACCCGCGAAGGAAAAGGCCUUUGUCGAUGACAAGGCCGUAAGAACAGGCUACUACGAAGAGGUGGAAGACUUGCUCAGGAAAACACACCCAGGAGUCAAGAAGGUCGUCAUUUUCGACCACACCAUUCGAAGGAGGAGCAAGGACUCGCCGAGACAACCUGUCCAACAGGUGCAUGUCGACCAAACCCCGGGAGCUACACAAGUCCGAGUUCGACGACAUCUUCCUGAAGACGAAGCCGAGGAGUUGCUAAAGGGUCGUUACCAAAUCAUCAACGUGUGGCGACCAAUCGAGAACCCGGCAUCAGACUUUCCACUUGCCGUGAUCGACUGGCGUUCGACCUCCCCAAAGGACUUCAUCCCAGUGGAUCUCAUGUACCCACAGCGUCCCGACUCGGCGAUGGAUGACGAUGACCGAGGCAAGGAGAAGUUGCCGGACGAGACGACGUUGUUCUCGACUGAGGGCUACGAGCCGAGAGGCGAGACGCUCUCUGUUGCACCAAACUCGCAACACCAGUUCUGGUACUACAAGGACAUGACCCCUGAGGAGGUGAUGCUUUUGAAGUGCUACGACUCGUACGGAGACUCUGAGCCGAUGGGCAAGAGCGGCCUCGCGGUGAGAACGCCACAUACGGCUUUCGUCGACCCACAGACGCCCAAAGAUGCGCCAUAUCGACAGUCGAUUGAAGUGCGAUGCCUGGUGUUUUACGAGUAG